GACCCUCUGACCGUGUGGACCGCACCACUGCCGACCGGCCUCUUGGACGGAGACCUUUCAGAGGUGAAGAGCGCUGCGGGAGCCCGGUGGAAGUCUGGUGGGCGUCUGGACACAGCAUGGCCAGGACGAUCCCUUCGUGCCUGCUCCUGCUGGUCCUCUGUGCCGGACCCGCACAGGCCUGGUUCUGGAAGCAAAGUCGAGCUCCUGUAUCGGAAUCUCCAACUACGGUGACGGGAACGACAGAUGGUCCAACCUCCACUGGGGACACGCUGACAGGAAGCACCUUCACAGGUGCAACCUUCUCAAAAUCCACCUCCACAGGAAGUUCAUCAACUGGUCCCACCUCGACUGGGUCCACCUCCACAGGAAGUUCAUCGAGUUCCAUCUCGACUGGGUCCACCUCCACAGGAAGUUCAUCGAGUUCCAUCUCGACUGGGUCCACCUCCACAGGAAGUUCAUCGAGUUCCACCUCGACUGGGUCCACCUCCACAGGAAGUUCGUCAGCUGGUUCCACCUCGACUGGGGCCACCUCAUUGGGAACCUCCUCAACAGAAAGUUUGUCAACUCACGCAACUUUGUCCAAAACCACCUGGUCAGGUGUGACCUUGUCGACUAGCGGAGCAAAGCAGGAAGAAGCGAAGCGGGACGACGCCUUCAGAGAUGGGGAAGAGACCCUGCACAUGUCGCCUGGGAUCCAGGAGAGCGGCGUGUCGCUGCAGCAGCUGUUGGGAGACCCUCCUCCUAAGUGGAUCUCCAGGGUCUUGGGACCGCGGGGAGAAGAGGCUUACUCCUUCGGCUCCUCGGCGGCGGCGGGCCAGCCGGCUCUGGCUCACGUCCCCAAUCCUUUCUUCCGCCAUUUCUCGCUGCUCUUCCACGUGUCGCCGUCCACACCGGGCGCGUCCGUCCUCUUCUCCAUCACGGACGGCCCUCAGAAGCUCAUGUACGUCGGCGUUAAGCUGAGCUCCGUGAGCGGCAACCGCCAGCGGGUGCGUUUCUUCUACACCGAGCCGGACUCCGAGGCUUCGUACGAGGCCGCCAGUUUCGAGGUGCCCAGCAUGGUGGACAAGUGGAGCCGCUUCUCGCUGGCCGUCUUCGAGGACCAGGUCACCUUCUACCACGGCUGCGACUCGGAGCCGCAGGUGAUGAAGAUCGAGCGGUCGCCGGACCCCAUGGAGCUGGACGCUGCUGCCGGGAUCUUCGUGGGCCAGGCGGGCGGAGCCGACCCGGACAAGUUCCAGAUAGCAGAGUUGCGAGUGGUGGGAAACCCCCGGGCCGCGGAGCGUCUCUGUGACGACGAGGACGACUCGGAUGCGGCCUCAGGGGACUUUGGCAGCGGCGAUGGCGAGCGGACGUCGACCAGAAACCGGGUCAAGCCCACCCCUUCUCCUUUACGCCCGGUGCCUGAACCCCCGCUGACCUCCUCACAGGGGAGCAGUGUGAAACAAACAGGUGUGGCCGGUGCUAAAGGAGAGAAGGGGGACCGGGGGCAGAAAGGUUCUCAGGGGGAUCGGGGUCCUGCAGGCCCCAAGGGAGACUCUGGCUCUGGAUCCAGCUCCAGCUCUGGGUCUGCAGGGGGUCGAGGACAGAAGGGAGAAAAAGGCGUGAAGGGAAGCUCCGGCUUCGGCUACCCCGGUACCAAAGGAGAACGUGGAGCCCAGGGGCCUCCGGGGCCCCCCGGUCCUCAGGGGCCUGCUGCUGAGGUGGUGCGACUCGGCGACGGUUCGGUGGUGCAGCAGGUGGCCGGACCAGUCGGACCUCCAGGCCCUCCAGGUUCUGACGGACUUGCAGGGCCUCCAGGAACUGAUGGGGAGCCAGGCGAUCCGGGAGAGGACGGAAAAGCUGGUCCUGCUGGACCUCCAGGUUUCCCUGGAACUCCAGGAAAUCCUGGCACCAGAGGCCAAAAGGGAGAACGUGGAGAAGGUGCACCUGGACCCAGAGGGCCUCCCGGCCCCCCUGGACCUCCUGGACCGGGCACUGGGGAUCGCCCUACCUUCGUGGACAUGGAGGGUUCGGGGUUCCCAGAUCUGGACAGAUUCAAGGGUUUUCGUGGUCUUCCGGGCCCUCCGGGACCUCCUGGACCACCCGGACUUCCUGGAACGUCAGUGGCACUUGGACCCGGUGGUCCGAUAGCCAUUGGGCCUCCUGGACCACCUGGACAAGACGGGGCCCCUGGUCUACCAGGCCUCCCGGGUCCUCCUGGACCUCCUGGUCAGCCUGGACUCCGAGGAACCAAGGGCGACAACGGCGAGCUGGGACUCCCAGGAGCGGCGGGGGAGAAGGGUUCUCAAGGUGACCCGGGACAGACGGGGACCCCCGGGCAGACCGGACUGGCGGGGCUCCCCGGUCCCAUGGGGCCAGUUGGACCUCCGGGGCCGCCCGGACCACCAGGACCACCGUACGGCUCCAGCUUUGGUGGCCUUGACAGAUUUGAAGAUGGGAACGGCCUGCCGGGACAGAGAGGCCUACCUGGACCACAGGGUCCAGCUGGUAUCCCCGGACUUCCUGGUAAACCAGGUUUCCCGGGUGUCUCUGGGAGCAAAGGAGCAGAGGGACCUCGAGGACCUCCUGGGAUACCGGGUCUGGACGGAUUCACCGGACAGCCGGGCGAGAAAGGAGACAGAGGAGAGAAAGGACAGAUGGGUCUGCCGGGUCGAGACGGAGGGCCGCCCGGCCCCCCAGGGCCCCCGGGGCCACCCGGUGAGGUGGUGUACCAGCCGACAGGAGACUAUAACGAGGUGUAUUGGAGCGAAGGGUUGGAGGGAGGACCGGGCGUUCCGGGCAGGGCGGGACUCCCCGGCCCUGCAGGGUCCAAGGGAGAUAAAGGAGACACAGGUCUACCAGGUUAUGCCUCCAAGGGACAAAAAGGAGAGCCGGGCAUCAUCACGGGGCCUGAUGGGAGACCUCUGUACCUGGGUGGCCUGGCAGGACUGCCGGGUGAGCCUGGGGGUCCAGGUCCAGAGGGUCCUGUGGGUCCUGAUGGUCCUCCGGGACAGAAGGGAGAGAUUGGCUUCCCCGGCAGACCAGGUCGACCUGGACUGAAUGGAGUCAGGGGAGAGAAGGGGGACUCUGGAGGUGGAUCUGGAUUUGGGUACCCUGGUCCUCCAGGCCCCCCGGGGCCCCCCGGACCUCCUGGACCGGCUUAUCCCCUGGGUGGAGCUCGAGGGUCCGAGGACGACUCCAGGUGGUAUUCCGCGAAGGGAGAGAAAGGAGAGCCCGGACUGCCCGGAACCUCACACCUCUCAGGAUACGGCUCGGUGGACCUUUACACACUGAAGAAUGAACUCCGAGGUGAAAUCGGUGUGAAAGGAGAGAAAGGAGAGCCUGGCGGUGGAGGGUACUAUGACCCUCGCUAUGGAGGAGGACCAGGAAACCCCGGACCUCCCGGACCUCCUGGAGAAUCCAUUGUGGGACCCCCGGGUCCUCAGGGGCCGCCGGGACCUCCAGGCAGAGGAUACGAUGGUCAACCAGGACCACCAGGCCCACCUGGACCCCCUGGUUCAUCCCUAUCUGGACCCUACAGAGGCACUCAGACCAUCAACAUCCCAGGACCUCCAGGACCACCGGGAGCUCCAGGACUGCCGGGUCACUCGUCAGGAGUGACUGUGUUGAGGACUUAUGACACCAUGACCGCAACAGCCAGGGGCCAGCCUGAAGGCUCGCUGGUCUACGUCCUGGACCAGACCGACCUGUACCUCCGGGUUCGAGACGGAGUCCGACAAGUCCAGUUGGGUAGCUACAUCCCCCUGCCCAGAUACGACGAGAAUGAGGUUGCGGCUGUGGAGCCCCCGCCGGCCGUGCCUUUCUCUCCAGACCAGCACUCCAACACUGGCACCUUCAGCCACAACUCCCAAAGUCCCCCUGAGAACCCAGAGCCUCAGCCACAGCCGGACCACACUCACAACGCCUAUCCCGAUCCUCGAUACCAACCGGACACCCGGUACUAUCCAGAGACUCCGUACCAGCCCGAUCCUCGGUAUCAGCCCGAUCCUCGGUAUCAGCCCGAUCCUCGGUACCAGCCCGAUCCAAGGUACCCGGCUCCGACAGACCCCAGGUACCCCAGUUACGCUGAUCGAACGAACCAACCAGACGGGAGGUCACCGUACCAGGACGGGCGCUAUGCAGUGACCCCUCAGAGGAGACUACCACCCCCUGUGCCCCAGACCCCGGCCCACCGUCACACUUCAGGACCAGGGCUUCACCUGAUCGCCCUGAACAGCCCUCAGAGCGGUGCCAUGCGCGGGAUCCGCGGCGCCGACUUCAUGUGCUUCACGCAGGCUCAGGCCAUCGGCAUGCACGGCACCUUCAGGGCCUUCCUGUCCGCCAAGCUGCAGGACCUCCACAGCAUCGUCCGCAAACUGGACCGCGAGCGCAUGCCCAUCCUCAAUCUCAAGGAUGAGGUUCUGUUCGACAGCUGGGAGUCCAUCUUUAACCAGGGCAGGAUGAAGCCCAGCGUGCCGCUCUACUCCUUCGAUGGAAAGGAUGUUCUCAACGACGGCACAUGGCCCGAGAAGAUGAUGUGGCACGGUUCAACCAGCGAAGGUCAGCGUCACGAGGACGGGUUCUGUGAGACGUGGCGUGUCGGCGAGUCCACGUUGAGUGGAAUGGCGUCGUCACUGCAGAGCGGCAGCCUGUUGCAGCAGAGCUCCAGCAGCUGCUCCAGCACCUACGUGGUGCUGUGCAUCGAGAACAGCUAUGUAGGCCAAGCCAAGAGAUAGACACACACACCACACACAAACUACUUUUGGUGCUUUGUAUAUAAGAUUUCCUCAUGAAUAUCAGUAUAUGUUUGCUAGCCACUCCCAUAUGGUGCUACACACAAUUAUCCCUCAUGUUCACCUUCAGUUUGAGCUCAGGUGACCUCAUGUCUGCCAUAUUGGACGUCAUGGGAGCCAUAUUGGACGUCCGCCCUGACCUCAUGAGGUGUCCGAAGGCAUAGCUCUGUCCUGCUUUCUGUUUGGGACUCGUUAGCUUGCAUUGCUAAUUCACAGCUGAAGAAGCCCAGUUUGUGUUAGCUUGAAGUUUAAGCUCAGAAACAUUGUGAGUUAUCAAAAGUAACCAGAACACAGGUUCUGGGUCAAAGGUGCCCAAACUGUGGCCCACAGGCCGCAUUAAUCAAUGAUACUUCUGAGUCUUAAAAGCAGAUGGAGCUAGCGUCUUGAACAUGUUUAGCUUCACAACAAAACCAGGUUAGUCAGGAGUCUAAUCGUUAAAACAUGAAAACCUGCAACAUUUGAAGAUGGAUUGUUGCUAAAUCUGUGAAGAGAUUAAUAGACUGAAAAAAAGAGAAUAUAUAACCAGUUGUAUCCCUUUCAGACUCGUCAUUUCAAGAAAAAUGAUGUGAAACAAAAACUGAUUUUAGAUUAAAAUGUCUGAUAUUCGCCCAGAUAGGCUUUGUUCCAGUGGGAAGUGGAAGCGUUCCACCUACUCUUUGACUGUUUUAUGAACUCACACUAAAAAGACUGUUUGCUACAGUUUCAGCUGCAGUUCGCAGGAAAGAAACUCUUCUGUUUUUUCACUUUAAGUUCAUCCAUGAAGACCAGACUGAACUCUAUCAUCCACUUCAAGUUUCCAUUAGCCUCGAGGCUAGCUCCUUUACCUUUAAGGCUAACUGGUUUAGCUGACUCUUUUAGCUUGAAUGCCCUCCUUCUGACCGACAAGGCUACUUCCUUUGGCUUCGAAGCGAACUGAUUCAAGACUAAACCCUUUACCUUGAAGGCUAACGCCUUUAGCUUCUAAAGUAACUCUUUUAAGGCUAACGAGUGUAGCUUUGACGCUAACUCCUUUAGCUGUCUGACUCAGAAGAUUUCAUUUUAGUUAUUGCUGCUGAAACUAAACAUUCACUCUUUUGUCUGCACUGAUCCCUAAUUACUCUAAAUACUACUGCAUUUCUCCCAAUGUAUUGAUUUCACAACACCAUAAUCCUGUUUUGACCUUUUUUUGAAAAACAUCUUUUUGCAUUGUCCUAACGACCUUCACAUUUUUACUGUUUCUUACUUUUACCUCAUAUUAUGGUCCAUUUUCUUAACAUCGUUGCAUUUUGUUUGGCAUUUUAUAUCCAAUUUUGUUCUGUUGUAACCACUUUUUUGUUAUUUUUAGAAUUUUAACACUAUUUUCUACUUUUUUUUCUUCACUUUGAUGUUUAUUAAGAAGAUAAGUCUUUUAUUAUUAACUGUUUUGAUAACAUUUAGUUAUUUUGCAUCCCAUUUUCAGGAAAUGAAAGCAUAUUUUCAUUUGAAAUUUUCAGAUGAUAAAAAAACAGUCACACCCGAUCGCUUCAACAUUGACUCACCCCCUGAUGCACACAGCUGGUAUUUGUUAUAAUUAGUGCACUGCAUCUUUAAAUAAUUGUCAUUUCUGCAUAGUGACCAACAUCUGAUGCUCAUAUUCUUUUGUUAAACUGUUUAAUGUCAUGUUCAAAAACAUAAACCUUGUGAAAAGUAUUUUAUAACUUCACGUCAUCUGCUGCUCAUCUGAUUGAGUGUGUGAUGAAGGAUGACAUGUUCACAUGAUUUUUUUUUUUUUAUGAGCAAACACUAAAGGAAUAUUUAUUAGAAAGUUUUUUUUUUCCUACUUCACCUGACGCCAGCUGCCUUCAGGGGCCCCAAAAUCUGUGUCACGCCCAGUAAAUAAAUAUUGUGUGGA